AUGAUGGACCUAAAGGCCAACAUUGGCUUCAAAAAGGUCCAGUUCAGAAUCAAGGGCCCCAUACAGGAUUACAAACCCUCCGCUGAACCCCCGACCACCGCCGCAACCACCACCACCUCUACCCCCGUACCCACAAACUUAACCACCCCCCCUGAGGGGGAAGGGGAACGCGGUUUCCCCCCAACAGGGGGACCACAAGGGGCGCACAUCCGCCCAGAGGAAGGGGGCAGCACAGAGGACCGCACCGAGGGCGGCGGGGCACACAAGGGCGCCGCGGCUCCCAAGCACAAUAGUCCCCACCAACCUCAACGCCCAAAGGGGAUGGCGAUACUACAGGCCAACCUACACCAAGCUAUCGCAGCCUCUGCGGUCAUAGAAAAGAUCUUCAGCGAAGGUGGCCUGGACAUCGCCCUCAUUCAAGAACCAUGGAUAAACGCCGACUCCAUGGUAGCCGGUCUGAACAACGCUGAACUUUGCAGCGAAGAUACUGUCACCGCGUACGUAGAAGUCAAAGGGCCAAACAGGUCCAAGGUACUCUUCUGCUCGGCAUAUCUUCCUGGAGAUAAGCAAGAUCCCACUGAAGAACUGACUAACGUCCUGGAAUACUCUAGAAGACAAAAGUCGGAACUGAUAGUGGGAUGCGAUGCUAACGCCCACCAUACCAUCUGGGGAAGCUCGGAUACCAACAUGAGAGGUGAGUUACUAUCCGAUUUUCUUCUAUCUAACUGUCUACAGGUGCUGAACAAUGGCCACACGCCAACAUUCGUAACAAAAACCAGACAGGAAGUAAUAGAUAUAACAUUCGCAACAGAAAAUGUGUCAAAAUGUAUAACAAAAUGGCACGUCAGCAGCGAAAACUCAAUGUCUGAUCAUAGACAUAUACGUUUUGAUAUUUCAGGGCUGGUAGAAGCUCAAUAUCUAAGAGUAAGAAAUCCAAAAGACACCUCCUGGGAUAUGUAUAUAACCCUGCUCAGUGAGAAUCUAAAGGAUAUACCCAAAACCAUCAAAACACCGGACUCUCUUAAAUAA